GGGAGGCUAAAAUAUAUGCCAAGUAAUGAGGUUCGUGCUGUUUUGGGAACACAACGACACCCCCUUCGUCGUAAUAGUUUUUUUAACGUCCCGGAAAUGGAUAAGAUUCACCAUUUUAGAUGUAGUGGGCGUCUAUUCCUCUCCUUUUCCGCUUCUGUAGAUACAAAGCGUGUUUGAGGGGAAGAUUUUAGGAGCUCGUCUCUUACAGACAGAGAUAAAGCGGUUUGUUUAAGAAGAAUAUAAGGGAAACUUAGUCUUGUUAGAGUGGGUUUCUUGUGUUCAUAUUGCUUUUGUUGGCUGUUCUUCAGCGGUGAUGAUAUUCAACGAGUCGUCCAACCGGAAACCGGUUUGUUUUUGUGUUCUCAUCAAAAGACAAAGAGGUUUUGUUGAGUGACUAUUGUCACAAUUCAAAACAGUCUAUGCGAUUAAAUCCUUGUGAGUUCAGUUGAGUUCACUGUUACCGGUCCAUGCGUCCGAAACACGAUCAAACACUAGAGUGAUCAGGGAAAAGAUGAUAUCCUUCUUAGUUUUACCUCAACAGAAAAAUCUGAUAUAAGCCUAACAGGGCCAGUACCAGCGCUUGGUAAAAGUCGUAUGGCGUUGUAAAUCGAAAGAAGGAAAGAAAGAAAGAGAAAUUCAAGCACAUGGUAAAGAAGAUGACGAUCAGACUAGUCUUUCAUUGGGUUACCAGAAUAAUUGAGAAUGUUCUAGCACCAGUUGCCAUAACAGCGAUUGCUGUCCUUGUUUUUCUGCGCACUUUCUACAAAUACAGAGAUGGUAUUCAAUAUUAUUACCUGUAUGCUAUGUUAGGGGACAGUUUGUGUUGGUCACGUGGUACAGCCUCGGUUCUCUACGUCGGCUGUUCCCUGAUACUCCUUCCAAUGUGUCGCAAUAUGUUGUCCUUGAUCAGGAAUUUCAAUAAGAGUAUAACCCGUUCGUUUGGACGCCUAUUAGACAGAAGCAUCUGGUUUCACAAGGCAUGUGCAGCAGUGAUCAUCUUGUCAGCUGGAAUUCAUAUCGGAGCCCACAUUUUAAAUGCCAAGAGAUUUUCUGCAAACUACAGUGAUGAAUUCAAGGAUUUAAACUUUGCCUCCUAUCCAAAUCAGGAUCCACUGAAAAUGUACCUUACCUCAGUCAGUGGAACAACUGGAAUAUUGAUGACUCUCGUCUUACUCAUUAUGAUCGUAACGUCUAUGGUUGCUGUGAGGCGCGCCUCAUAUGAGAUCUUUUGGUAUACUCAUCAUCUCUUCAUUGUGUUCUUUUUACUUCUACUGGUCCACGGUCUCGGAGGAGUGAUAAAACACCAAGUGAACGUGGAUACUCACUCCCCCGGAUGUAAAAUGGCUGAAAAUAAGACCAAGAUUUCAAAUACCAGUCACGUGGUAUGGUGCUCAGAGGAGCCAGUCUUUCAAGCAGAUGAGCCGGAGGCCUGGAAAUGGUGUGUUUUUCCUCUUCUCAUUUACGUAACGGAGCGACUUACAAGAGUUUUCAGAAGCUUUCAGAAAGUGGAACUUAUUGAUGUGGUUCAACACAGGGAUGGAGUGGUGGAGGUGAAAAUGAAAAAACAGAAGUUUUCAGCAGCACCAGGGCAGUACGUGUUCAUCAAAUGUGCAGAUGUAUCUAGGUUUGAGUGGCACCCCUUUACAUUGACUCAGUGUCCUUCAUCAGAAGAUUCAUCAUUCUCCAUUCAUUUUAAGAUUUUGGGAGACUGGACCGAGAAAUUUGCUGAUAGACUAUUAGCGGCGAAAUUUGAUGAUAACCAGAAAACCCUGGCUUCUGUAGAGCAAGACGAAGAUUACCUUUGUUAUGUGAGGCAUUUUAUAAAAAUUUCUGUGGAUGGCCCAUACGGAAGUCCGUGCACGGACGUUUGGCGGUACAACGUCAGUCUAUGUAUAGCGACCGGUAUCGGUGUGACGCCUUUCGCUGCUCUUAUCCAGGAGCUCAGAGAGAAGAUAAGAACAAGGAGGAAACUCAAACUGCACAGAUUGUAUUUUGUGUGGGUGUGUAAACAUGCGCAGUCUUUCCUAUGGUUUUUGGACCUUUUGCGUUCCACCUUCACUGAGCUUUGGGAGAGCAACAGACCGGAUUUCCUUAUAUGUAACUUUUACGUUACAUGUUCACAGUCAGAGGAUCAGAUUAACAUGACUCAUCAAGACAAAUGGCUCACAGGCAGAUUGCACAAAUGUAAACCUUCUUGGAAAGCGCUGUUUGACCGAGUCAGCCGAGAAAAUCCGAGGACCAGAGUUGGUUUAUUUUAUUGUGGAAGUCGAAAAGUUACAUCGAUAUUGAAAAAGCGAAGCAAGCAGUUUUACCCGACUGGAACGAGAUUUAUCUUUAACAAAGAAAUUCUAACAUAGGAUAUUCUAAUAUACUACAGGUAAAACAAAAUAUAUAAUUAUGUUUCAUCCCUUAUUUCUAAGUUAGACAAGGAAAGAUUUGGAUACGCUAUUCAUUUUACAGUGCACAUCGAAAGUAUGACAGAACAUCUUCUAAGGCAGCCCUCAUCAAUAUCGUGAACUCGAUUGCUAACAGUAAAUUUUGUUCAUCUAUUUCUUCUGCAUCUAAAUUUUACCAAUAUAGAUCAUUCAGAAUAUCAAACGUUGAUAUAUUUUGUCUAAAUGUAGUAUUGUUUUGUACUGUUAAUGUGGGUUUUCUUAGGUUUCCCUCUUUAUCGGCUUGUGUUCGUUUGAAGGAUGAAAAAUACCUUGAUCAUCGAACAAAUGCCUUACUUUUUAAUUCUGUUUUAAAUAAUUCAUAUAGACAGCAGAUUUUUUUUGAAUCACUUAACUUCUUUACCCCUGGGUUCACUUCAUGAUUUGUCCCCUGUUGGACGAAAAAACUUCUUGUGAUGUUCUUCAUAAGUUUUUAUCUUCCACAUCAAAUAAUUCUUCAACUCUUGAGGAGGAUCGUCUUGCAAUCAGCGAAUAGUUUGAUCCACCGGGACUGGAAACAAUUGAGAAUGAUUUUGUUAUUUCUCUUGUCGUUUUUCCUAUCGCAAGAGGCUUCUUUUUCUUGGCCUUCUUUUCUUCUUCCAUUUUGGUAUUUUUCGCAUCAUUUUUCUUGCUUUGUCUUCGAGUUCGCGUUCGUCGUUUUGCGGUUGAAAAAAUAUCUGGGAGUGAAAAAUAUUCGCGGAGCUUAUCCUCUGUUCUACAAAGAUUUUCAUAACCAUUUCUCUUGGUGAUCGGAGGCAGUUUAGAAGCCUGACAAUUGAUUUUACGAAUUUCUUCCUCAAAAUCCAACGGAGUUAUUAUUGGCAUUCUGUCCUGGUUAUGAAUUAAGAAUUUUAUAUUAUCUUUUACAUUCUGGGGAAAAUUAAGCAUUCUGACUUCAAAUAGUCUUGUUUGUUAUAGGGUGGGAAAAGCAAAGAAGACCACAAAAGACUAAUUUUAAUAUAGUUUGAUAUCGUUUCACUGAUUCGUUGACUUCCAAAUAAAGCUUAAAUAGCCACAGGAAUAGAAAUUUUCAGUUUUUUUAAUUACUUCGAGCAGCUGCCAGCAGUAGUUAAAUAGGGGAAGGGGUUUCGACUAGAUAUCUGUGGUUAAACAUGAAUUUCCCGUUUAAAUUCAAACUUGUUUUGGUUGGAAUUUAAAUCGAUUUUCCAACGCGUAUUUUGACAUAGACUUUUUGGUUCACUAAAAACAAAUUAUCAAAUUUAAGUCUGUUUUGGUUAACGUCCUGGUUGUUAUGGAAACCGUCCUUAAUAAAAACUCACCUGCGGAGUUUUCGCGAGUUUCAGUUACUAACAAACUUGUUAAUUGAUUGGGUUGGUAUUUCAUUUGCUAAGGGUUUUAUUGGUUAUCACAAACGAAAGGGCAGACACGUACAUGCGAUGCGUUGGUGUGAUGAAUGCUCAAUUAAUGCAAGCGUGUUGUUUCCUUACUAAACAAUCAACGUAGAACAAAGCUGCUUCCAACAGGCGUCCCCUACCCCAACGAGUUAUAACAAUCAUCUCUUUAUUGUUGCAUAGCUCAUGGAUCGUUUAUUUAGAAACAAUUUAUGGUAAGGGCAAUAAAAACUACUGAGAGAAAA